AUGGCCGACGAUGACGGCGAAACCAAGUUCCGUGGACUCAUGAAGAGUCUAAAUCUUGACGAGUCACAGUUACCCACAUACCCCAUAAAUUUUGGUGACUUUACCAUCGAGGAAUUGGCCCCGAUCAAGCGGCUGAUCGAAGACCAAUUAGGCCUCCUAUUUGACUUGCUUCACAACCAGUACCACGCCGAUAUGGACUCCAAUCUCACCGUCAAUGGCUUCCCUCGCUCUGAUAUCGAUGUGAUGAACGUCCGGCUUCUCCGAGUGAAGAUUAUCCGUCUCCGCAACGAUAAUAAGGCGUUACUCAAAGUGAUGGAAACCAAGCUCGAACAGGCGUUUGCUCAACAUAAAUCCGAUGCUAUGGCUAUCGACGAUGAUGAGCCAGUAAUGGUCGAGCACUCCGACGCUGCUCCUUCGCCUAAAAAGGCGAUUGAGUAUACUAUUCCCUUUGCCCGCGUAACUGAGGUGGCUCCCGAGGGACCUGCCUACGCUCUGGGGUUAAGAGAUGAUGACGAAAUCGUUGUGUUUGACGGUGAUAUCCACGCUGCUAACCACGACAAAUUGCAAGCCUUAGUCAAACGAGUGGCACCGGGAAGAAAAGUGUCCGUAGUGGUACAACGCGGUUCCGACCGAGUGGACUUGACGUUAACCCCUAAUAAAUGGCAAGGGCGGGGUAUUCUUGGCUGCCGGGUGUUGCCAUUAUGA